AUGUACUACAAAAAGCAGGCUGUUGUCGUCGGCUUACUUCUGCGACUCCAGCAUGUUUGGGCCGCCCCCCAAGGAACCAAGGUGCUGACAGCCCGAGCAGAGCCAGCCAACUUUACUGCCAACCCAAGUAUUGGUGGCGGCGGUACCAUUUUCAAAGACUCAGCGCAUUUCCGUCUCUACAACAACACGGGCUCCGAAGAGAGCACCGACAUUGCCUUGGCUCACCUAGAGGCAUCCUACGACUGCUACAUUGUCGGAUUGGGAUACCGGUCCACGGGUCUUUCGUACUACGAUGAGGAUGACACUGGGCCCUGGACCAAGACCAAUGUUUACUACUCCCCAGACAUCGAUGCGGGGGGUCUGAUGAAUACAGACUGGGAGACCGGCCUAGGCUGGCUCCAAAUAAAUCCCAAGUACAUAAAUGAUGCCGGCUACCUGUCUCAUGAGUAUGGCCACAUUGUUACGCAUUCUCAGAAGAGAUGGGUCGACCAGGAUAACACCAGCGCGUGGUGGGAGACUUGGGCGAAUUGGUUCGCUGACACGUACAAAACGUCCGACAUAUGUGCUGCCGCCCGCGCGGCACACGGCCGGCCAGUUGAUAAGACGGAAUUCUAUCCUGAUGUAACCGUGGGCAAUUCUCACCUACCGAUUGUGGUCGGCGGCACCAACGGCAACUUGUAUCGAGCAUGGCCGUUCAUGACGUACCUGACAACCAACCUUGACAACAUCCCCAAUGCUGGCUUAGAUAUCAUGCGUCAGAUAAACGUUCAAUACCGUUCUGGUAGUGGUGAAACCCCGCUUCACACUCUCCAGAGAAUUCUCGGGCCUAUCGGUCCAAUCGUUGGUCGCUACUGGUCUCGAAUGGCCUACGUGGACAUUGAUAAUCCCGUAGCCCGCGAGUACUUUUGGCAGAAAUACAGCAAUCUCACAUUUGACAACGUUGACCAAACUGGAAACGGGAGCUACACCGUCAAGCCAGCCCGGAGCCCUGGCUACAUGGGGGCCAGCAUGAUCCCAUUGAACGUCACAGGCAGCAAUGUCCGUGUCGACAUUACAGCCAACGGUACCUACACAGCCUCGCUUGCUCUUUUCAACGGAAAGACGAAUGCAACUCGUUACGUUGAUGUCGUUGAGACAGCAACAACUGGCGUCUCCGCUGACGAAGAGGUAACGCUUGUUGUUGCUAACACCCCUGAGGAGUUAAUCACUUACAACGGAUAUGAACCGAUACCUGAACUGUACUAUGGCCUUGAUUUUACAUUUAGGCUUUGCGGGGCCACUGCUUAA